AUGGAUGAAUUCAACGACUUUUUAUCGCAACAAACAGCCCGGGGGAACAGCUGCGUCCAUGGCUGCGUGUUGGCAGCAAUCAACAAAGCAGGAAAACUGUUUUAUACAAAAGCAUCUGGCUACGAUGCUGUCGGUCAUCAUGGGCGCCCUGUAACGCUGGAUACGACCUUCUGGAUUGCGAGCUGCACCAAGAUCUACACGAUCAUUGCAGCCAUGCAAUGCGUCGAGCGUGGGCAGAUCACCCUCGACGAGCCAAUCGACGGAAUCCUGCCUGAAUUGAAACGCCCUCUGAUAAUCAUACCAGAGGAAAAUGACGCGGACGAGGCGCCUUUCCGUCUCAGACCUUCAACAAAGAGAAUAACACUGCGUCACCUGCUCACGCACACCAGCGGUCUAGAAUAUGAUUAUCACCCAUUGUUGGUACGCUGGCGCGAAUCACGGGGCGAGGCUCCAAGAUUCAUGGAAGGAAAAGUGAUCGAUGCGCUUGAGCUGCCUCUGCUCUUCGAACCCGGUGAAGGGUGGGUGUACGGCGUCGGAAUCGACUGGGUGGGAGUAGCAGUAGCUCGCUUGAACGGCAUGGACACGCUAGAAGAGUAUUUCGACCGCUAUAUCUAUCGCCCUCUGGGAUUGUCCUGGACGACAUUCCGUCUGGAAAAGAGACCCGAUAUCCAAGCGCGGUUGAUCGGCACGGCGGAGAGACAGAGCGAUGGCAGCCUGAAAGACACACCCAGUCGCUGGUCUACAGACGCACCGGAGGAUUCCGGGGGAGCUGGGCUGUACUCGACUGUUCCCGAGUUCAUCGCGGUUCUCGGGGACUUGAUCAAGGAUGAGCCUGUGUUGUUGGAGCGAGAUACGAUCGACGUGAUGUGUGAACCUCAGUUUGAGGCGGGCUCGCCGUGCCUACUGUCGCUGAUAGCAUCUAAGGACGGUCUCCGAUCGAUGACUGGGGAUAUCGAUGACACGUCUGGCUUGAACUGGACUCUGGCAGGAUUGACUGCCAUGAAGGACACGGGAGCGAUGAAAAAGGCCUUCAUCGCUGGAUUUGGGAUGCCGAACCUGUCAUGGUUUCUCAACAGAGAGCGGGGGAUCGCCGCUGUGUUUGCGACGCAGGUCAAUCCUCCUCUCGAUCGCCGUUGCUAUAGGCUAGCGCAUCGGUUUUUUGAUGAAGUUUGGCAGUUGGCUUGA